AUGGAUUUUGCCUACGAUCAUAUAGCCGAGCAGCAAUUCACACCCACAGAUAGGACAACAACGCCCACACCCGCUACUUCUACUGGCGGAAACAAUGACCCCACGACACCUAGAGCCACCCCUUCUGCUCCGAGACAGAAUCUUCAAACCGAAUUCCAAGAGACGUUCAAAGCCUUUUCAAAGUCUCCGUGGGGUACAACUCUAGGAGGCUUCUGGGGCAAUGUCAAGAAACAAGGCGAGACCUACUACGAAGAGGCUAGAAAAGAGGCUGCUGAGGUUGCCAGUGAGGUAGAGGCCUUAAGAGUGAAGGGGUUCAAAGGUCUUGGGCUCGGCGCUGAUGGCCCUGCUGGCAGUUCCGAUGUAGCGUCAGAUAUUCAAGCCUCCAAGUCCGCCCAAGAAAAAGGCGAAAGUGGGGAUAACAAGGCCCUGGAUGACACCGACACCUUCCUCGAACGGUUCAAGAGCGAGGCUGCCAAGAGAUUGAAGGAUGUACAAAAAGCAGAGGAUGCGGCUGAUGAAGCCCUUCUCAGAUUCGGCACUAAUAUCCGAAAUUUCCUGCGCGAUGCAGUCGCAGUCACUGCUCCGGAAGAUGCUCGCCAACCUGGUGAGGUCAUGUUUGAAAGUAAAGAUUCAGCUACAGGGAAAAGAGUCAUCCAUACUAGCAGAUUUGAUGCGCAAUUACAUGUCAUCCAUACAACUCCGUCCAGUUAUACACAAGAUUCGACUGGGUCUGGCAAUGAAUGGGAAGAGUUCAAGCAAACCUUCGAUAUUGAUAAAAUGACGACCAGAAUCGCUGAAGACUUGGAAAAGUAUAGUGAACUGAGAGCCUCCAUGGAGAAGCUUGUUCCUGAACAAGUCGACUACAAAUCCUUCUGGACCCGAUACUACUUUAUGAGACACGUGGUAGAAGUCCAAGAGGAGAAGCGAAAAGAAUUGCUGAAAGCUUCUGCAGAUGAGACAGAGGAAGUUGGCUGGGAUGAGGAUUCAGAGGAUGAGCAAGAAAGCUCAACGACGCCUCAACUUAAGCAAAGCCAGGAACAUGCUCCUAAGGUUCUUGUAGCACAGAGUGCGAACGACUCCUCAACAACGCUUCAUCAAACACCUCCAACCCUGGCUGGGACGGCGUCACUGAAGCCUGAACCGUCAGGGCGAAGAUCACAUGACGAGAAAUCCGUGGCGGACAGUGACGCCAGCUAUGACCUUGUCAGUGGGGCUACAAGUCGAGCCCCUGGGAGCCCAAAGGAUGAUGUCGCCAAGUCUACCGCGACAAAGGUAGAAGAGAGUGAUGAGGAAGACUGGGAAUGA